AUGGCAGACACAGUCUCCACAGGCCGCAUCACCAAACGGCACAAGCAACGCCCAAGCAAGACCGGCCAUAAACUGCCUUCACUCCCUUCAGAUGCCCAGAUCACAAAACGUCCUCUCCUCCGCCCAGCAAUUCCGUCGCCCUACUCCGGUCCUUCCCAACAGAAGAUUGUCUACAUAUCCGCCAAGACACCCUUCAUGUCCGCAGUGAAACGCGCAGAGAAACUUUUACAUCUAAGCGAUAAGAGGCUGGUACAAUCAGCGACGCAGCUGAGUAAGGAUGCGCGGAACAAGAAGCGAAGGUGGGAGAGACGGGAGGAUGAAGAUGAGAUCAGGGAGGAAGUUGUGUUGAAAGGAACAGGAAAGGCGAUUGGCAAGGUGAUGGAAUUGGGGCUGUGGUUUCAGCAGAGAGAUGCGGAGUAUCACGUGAGAUUGAAGACGGGGAGUGUGUUCGCUGUAGAGGAUGUGCAGUAUGAGGAGGAGGCCGAAAAGCACGCUAGUGCUGGCGCUCAGGUGACAGAAGAUGUCGUGCAGGCGGCUUCAUCAUAUGAAAUCAAGCAGGCUGUAGCAAAGCCGAUGUCAAAGGUCAUGAAGCGAGAGGAGCACGAGGCCGAGAAUGGGAAAAAGGAAAUCAGUGAGACUCGCAUCAGACAGCUAAGUGUGCUGGAAGUCUACAUUAGCCUGCGGUGAGGUAUCUAGACUUUGAGAUCGUGGAAGAUGCACUACAUUGUCUUUUUUUGUCUCUUGGCUGCGAUCGUUGAAGGAGUACUCGUCUGGAGCGAUGCGCUGGCUGUUCAGAAAUAGGAUUACCGGGUCACCGUGUGUACUCUGAGAGAGGCCUAUUCUCUUUGUCGUGGCCCCACUGUCAAGACUGCCUGUAGCAUCAUUCAACGGCUUUCCUCGCGCGACGGACACACAGUCAACGGUUUUUCUCAGACUGGAAGAGACGAGAAGAGACUUCAGCGAGGCAUGAUUGAGGAUGGCCGAGUCCAUGUACCUUAGGAACGGUGCGGCACAGCUUGUAUGCGGUAAGCAAGAACCUGAAAGAGCCGGCCGAAUCUAGACGCGAUGUAGUGGAUUAGGGGACGACCCGCUACUUAAGCCUCAGUCGCUGUCGCGCGGGGCUGAUGAGGGGGAAGCCAUCACCGACGCGUCACGGUGAGGAUCAUACCUUCCGCACGGGUGAGG